AUGCUGCUGUAGCUUCUUGUCAUCUCUGCUCUGGAUCUCGGGGCCUGGGGGGAUUCCCCACAGUUGUCUUGGAAUGAAACCCAAGCCAGAGGGCUGUCAGAGGAGCUUCUGGACCUGUUUGUUGACAUCUCACAGCUCAUUCUCAAGGGUCGCAGUGGUGCGUCCACCGUUGUCUCCUGCAAGGAGUUGGGGGAGAGAUUCCUGACCUGCAGGGCACAGCUGACCCGGCCUGUGGCCUGUGUCAUCAUGGACCAGCUUACGGGGAUAAAGUGCCAGGAGCAGAAAGUGUGCAGCUGGAAGCUGCGGGGCCUGCAGUCCCGUUCAGUCUACAACAAAGGCUGGUGCGAUGUGGCCUACAUGGUGGGAGGUCAACCACCAAGGCUUAUCAACCAUCUGAUAUUCUAUGCCAUAAAGAAGGGUCACCUGUCACUCAGGUAUAUCCAGCCACUUCUCUUGAAAGAAGAGAGCUGCCUGGUCCCUCAAUAGCCACUGAUGCCCAGGAAAGGUAAAGCUCCUCAGUCCUGCUUCACCCUCCUCCCAGUUACCACCCAACUACAGUAG